AUGAGCGCUCCAGUCUCCUCCAACGAUAAGCCUGUUGAGUCUUCGGCCACCAACCCCUCUCAGCCAGUAAUCACCUCGACAUCUGUUCCCGAUGCCUCCUCGCGACGAGAGCCCUCCUCCUCCACCUCCGGUACCGCCGAACUCGCCGGUCAAUCGAUAGGCUCCCUGACUGCCGCUGACAAGGAGAAGCUCGAGGUCGCAAAGAAGCUGGUCGUCGACGCCCUCCGAUACAUACCCGACUUUCCCAUUCCUGGCAUCAAGUUCAUCGACGUCCUUCCCAUCUUUCAGAACCCAGUCGCCUUCAAUGCGCUGCUCGACGUGCUCGUUCUCCUGAUCCAUGAACGCUUCGGCAGCCAAGUACCAGAUGUCAUUGUGGGUCUGGAGGCUCGUGGUUUCUUGUUCGGGCCGUCACUCGCGUUGCGCCUCAAUCGGCCUUUCGUCCCUAUCCGCAAAAAGGGGAAGAUGCCAGGGGAAUGCAGGACGGUAGAAUACAAGAAGGAGUACGGCAAGGACGAGUUCCAAGUCCAGACAAAUGCUAUCACGCCUGGGCAACAGUGCCUGAUUGUCGACGACAUCAUUGCCACUGGAGGAACUGCUGCUGCUGCGGGACAGCUUGUCGAGCUAUCCGACGCAAAUGUGAUGGGUUAUCUCUUCAUGAUUGAAAUCACAAAUCUGAAGGGCAAGCCACUGCUCGGCGAUAAGCCAUUCAUCACUCUGGUGGAAUAUGACGAAGAGGAGUAA